CUGUGUACUGUGUAUAUAUCUUGCGCUUGACCACCAUCUCCUCUUAAUAAGACAACCUUAGUCCACAAUGCUCGUCUCUCUUUCUCUGCUCCGCCCACCUUCGCUACCCUGAUCUAUAAGUAUCUAGUCACGCGGCAAUCCGUCGCGUUGCAACCCUCUAAUUUCGCUCACCAACUCGGGAUCUCAGAUCGAAUAUCAUCAAAUAUGGCGAACGCUCCCCACGGCGGCGUGCUCAAGGACUUGAUUGCGCGGGACCUUCCUCGCCACGCCGAACUUGCGGCCGAGGCAGAGACCCUUCCGGCACUCGUCCUCAGUGAGCGCCAGUUGUGCGACCUUGAACUGCUGCUCAAUGGCGGUUUCUCGCCGCUUGAAGGUUUUAUGAACGAGCAAGACUAUAAUGGGGUCGUCAAGGAGAACCGCCUCGCCAGCGGCGCGCUCUUCAGCAUGCCCAUCACGCUCGAUGUGGACCAGGAGACCAUCGACGAGCUCUCGUUGAAGGCCGGCGCGAGGAUAACGCUGCGGGAUUUCCGCGACGACCGGAACCUGGCCAUCCUCACCGUCGAGGACGUCUACAAGCCCGACAAGGCGUUGGAAGCCAAGGAGGUCUUCGGAGGGGACGAGGAACACCCUGCGAUUCGCUACCUCUUCAACACUGCCAAGGAGUUCUACGUGGGCGGCAAGCUGGAGGCCAUCAACCGGCUGCAGCACUAUGACUUCGUCGAGUUGCGAUACACUCCUUCCGAGCUCCGCGCUCACUUCGACAAGCUCGGCUGGACCAAGGUGGUCGCCUUCCAGACCCGGAACCCCAUGCACCGCGCCCACAGGGAGCUGACCGUCCGCGCUGCCCGCUCGCACCAUGCCAACGUCCUCAUCCACCCCGUCGUCGGCCUGACGAAGCCCGGCGAUAUCGAUCACUUCACCCGUGUCCGCGUCUACAAGGCUCUCCUGCCGAGAUACCCCAACGGCAUGGCCGUGCUCGGCCUGCUGCCCCUGGCGAUGCGCAUGGGCGGCCCGCGUGAGGCCAUCUGGCACGCCAUCAUCCGCAAGAACCACGGCGCCACACACUUCAUCGUCGGCCGCGACCACGCCGGCCCUGGCAAGAACAGCAAGGGUGUCGACUUCUACGGCCCCUACGACGCGCAGCACGCCGUGGAGAAGUACCGUGACGAGCUCGGCAUCGAGGUGGUCCCCUUCCAGAUGAUGACGUACCUGCCGGACACCGACGAGUACGCGCCGGUCGACCAGAUCCCCCAGGGCGUCCGGACAUUGAACAUCUCCGGCACGGAGCUGCGUGCGCGGUUGCGGAGCGGGCGUGAGAUCCCCGAGUGGUUCUCGUAUCCCGAGGUCGUCAAGGUCCUCCGGGAGUCGCACCCGCCGAGGUCGCGGCAGGGCUUCACCGUCUUCCUGACGGGCUACCAGAACAGCGGCAAGGACCAGAUCGCGAGAGCGCUCCAGGUCACGCUGAACCAGCAGGGCGGCCGCUCCGUGUCGAUGCUGCUGGGCGAGACGGUCCGCCACGAGCUGUCGUCCGAGCUCGGCUUCAGCCGCGAGGACCGCGACAAGAACAUUGCUCGCAUUGCCUUCGUCGCCUCCGAGCUGACCAGGUCCGGUGCUGCCGUCAUCGCUGCGCCGAUUGCCCCCUUCGAGCAGGCGAGAAAGCACGCCCGUGAGCUUGUUGAGAAGUAUGGCGACUUCUACCUCGUCCACGUGGCGACGCCGCUCGAGUACUGCGAGAAGACGGACAAGAGGGGCGUUUAUAAGAGGGCUCGCGCCGGCGAGAUCAAGGGCUUCACCGGUGUCGACGACCCGUAUGAGCCUCCCGCCAAGCCGGACCUUGUGGUCGACUGCGAGAAGCAGUCAGUGCGGUCCAUCGUUCACCAGAUCAUCCUGCUGCUCGAGGGCAAAGGUCUCUUGGAUAAGUUUUAACGCGAUUUUUUGGUUAUGAAGACUAAAGCUUGCCGCGGCGCCAUCAGCCGAGAUUUGGUUACACAGACGUUUUCUGCGAUUCUUUGUGGAAGAGUAUUGCUUUUGGGAUCCAUAGAGUCGGCACGUGGCAUUCUGCAGGUUAGACCUUUAAAUAGAAGGCAAGAUGGAUUCAUUCCAAGCCUGCCAGGUGAUUUAUCGCAUCAAGUAAAGCAGACACGCGGCGCCGACGCUAAAGCCAUGCUUUCGGCUCCGUUUGGCGGUUGGAGGACGCAAAACCAUUGGGCGCCUCACCCGCAUCCUGCGGGCGGUCAGCGCGUAAAAGUGAUCUUGCAGUGCUUGACAAUGAGGAGUCAGGCACAGGGUCCAAUUAAGUUCCAAUAUCUAAG